AUGAAUUAAGAAAUUCAAGUCGAAUAAAGAGUUUCAUUAUAUGACAUUGUUAAGGAGAAAAGAGAAGAAAAACAAGUGCCGAUUAGUAGAAUGGUUUAUGCUACUUAUUUUAGUGAAAGUGCUAUUCAAAAAAUCGACGUUGAAUAAGUUUUGACGAAAUAAAUUAAAGAGUUGAGUGACACUCAAGGUUAAAUCUCAGGCUUUCUCUUAAUUCGAGGUCUCUUUAGUUUACAUCUAGUCGAAACUCAAUCACAUGUAAUGAAUCUUUGGAUGCGCAAUCUGUAUACUGAGUAUAGAAAGGAAAAGAACAUCUAUAGCAUGAUUAAUAUUGUUACUGUGAAUGAGGACAACCCUACAAGGUGUUUUGACAGGUGGUAUUGUGAAAACUUAUUCUAAACUGGCCCACAAUUGUCAGACAUGGAUAAAACUGAAGCCUAGUGUUAAGAGAGAGUUUGGGAAUUGUAUUAACAAGUAUGUAAUGCUGGAAUUAAACACAGUGCAAAAACUUAAAAAGACAAAUAACAAAAUAAAAUAGCAAACGAUGUCCCAAUCAAUUUAGAUGAUAUUAACAUGUUGCUGCACAAAAGAUUUAUGUCCAUUGAGGAAUAUAAUGAACUGUAUCUAGGGGAUAUCAAAAUUGAAUUAGAAUAAGAAAAAGUCUAUCCAUAAACAUUACCAUUAACAAGAGCAUUAGAAUAUAAAGAUUUAGGAGAAUGA